AUGUCUUACGACGACAAGUACCUCGGCGACGAGAAGCGUCUUGAGGAGCAGGUCGACUACGUUGUCGACCCCGCCAAGGACAUCUCGCAGUCGGAUAUCGACCGUGACCUCGAGUCGGCCGGCAUCAACGAGAAGAAGCUUCUGCGCAAGAUCGACCUGCGCCUCGUCCCCUGGCUCGCGCUUCUGUACCUUCUCUCCUUCCUGGACCGUUCCAACAUCGGAAACGCGAACCUGUUCGGCCUCUCGAAGCACCUCAAGCUCAAUGACGCCCAGUACUCGAUCUGUCUCGCCAUCUUCUUCGUCUUCUAUGUCCUGUUCGAAGUUCCCUCCAACAUGGUCAUGAAGGCCUGGCGCCCGGCGAUGUGGCUCCCCAUCAUCAUGCUUGCCUGGGGUAUCGUCAUGGUCGGCAUGGGUUUCGUCCAGAACUUUGCUGGUCUCUUCGUUGCGCGCUUAUUCCUCGGUAUGACUGAGGCUGGUCUCUUCCCUGGUGUCUCGUUCUACCUUACCCAGUGGUACACCAAGUACGAGAUCUCGUGGCGCAUCUCCCUCUUCUUCUCGGCGGCUACUGCUGCUGGCGCUUUCGGCGGUCUCCUCGCUCGUCUUAUCAACCUCAUGGACGGCGCUGCCGGAUACGAGGGCUGGCGCUGGAUCUUCAUCCUCGAGGGUAUCCUCACUGUCGUCGUCGCCGUCGCCUCCUUCUUUGUCAUGCACGACUACCCCGGCACGGCCAAGUUCCUGAACCCUGCCGAGCGUAUGUACGUCCAGAACCGCCUGCACGUCGACAACGAUGGAUGCUCGCACGAGUUCAAGCGCAAGUUUGUCUUUGACGCCUUCACCGACUGGAAGGUCUGGUGCUUCGCCAUCAUGUUCCACGGCGCUCUCUGCCCCGUCUACACCUUCUCCCUGUUCUCGCCCACCCUCGUCGCCAACCUUGGCUACGCCGCCGCUCGCGCCCAGCUCAUGUCGGUCCCGCCCUACGUUGCUGCUGCCAUUGUGACCCUGACCGUCGGCUACCUCUCGGACAAGUGGCAGCGCCGCGCUCCCCUCGUCAUCGGCUGCUCGAUCAUGUCUGGUCUCGGCUACGGUCUCCUCCUCGCUGAUGUCACCAACGGCGUCAACUACUUCGCUCUCUUCCUUGCCGCCAUGGGCGUCUACCCUCUCGUUCCCAUCAUUGUCGCCUGGGGCUCGAACAACUGCGGCGGCUCGCUCAAGAAGGGUGUCGCGACUGCCAUUGUCGUCUCGAUCGGAAACCUCGGCGGUAUCGUCUCGUCCUUUAUCUACCCCUCGGCCGACAAGCCCAAGUACACCAAGGGUCACGCCUUGUGCCUCGCGUACUGCGCUAUCACCGCCCUGUGCGCGGUCAUCAUGUGGGUCUACGCCGUUGCCGCCAACAAGAAGCGUGCCGCCCGCAACGCCGCCCGCGGCCGCGACUGGACCCCCGAGGAGAAGAAGGAGCUCGAGGACCGCGGCGACCACAACGACUGGUUCGUCUACACCAUCUAA